AUGUUGUGUUUGUGAUGGUUGAGGCACAGCCUGGCUUUGCUGUCUAUCGUGGUUCUCGUAGCACUGGCGAUCACAACGACGAACGACCAGUUCGACAUUUCAGAUUACCUCUAUGGUGUGGAUCAUGAUCUACAGGCAAGAGCUCGCGCAGGAAUUGAAGCUGAGAGGUUCACGUAUCAAACGAAAGCUAGGUAAAAUAGGCCUGAGGUCGGCGAUGCUCCCUGCAGAAUCAAACCGGACAGACCCUGUCCGCCGAGCAAGUACAGAACGCCUUCCGGGGUUUGCAAUAACGUCAGACAUCCUGUUUGGGGUUCUCGAGGCGCACCAUUCCUGAAAGUCCUGCCACCAGACUAUUCAGACGGUGUUGCAGCUCCCCGUCAAUCUCAAACGGGCUCCGUGCUGCCUACGCCCACGGAAGUAGUCCAAACGAUAAUUAGGCACUUAGAUCCGGAGCCAGAUGCUCACGAGGGUCUAACGAGCUUCUCGGGCGUAUGGUCCGAAUUGGUACUGCAGGACAUUGCCAGAAUGGUGCAUCCGGCUGGCCAGCCUAGUCUCUGCUGUUCAACCAAAGCGAGACAUCCGGAAUGCUACGAAGUUCGCGACGAGCAGAACGGUGGAUGUAAAAGUUACUGGCGAUCGGUAUCGAGUCUGACGGUGCAUAGAUGCAACUUUGAAGGGCGGGAACAGAUGAACGGCGCGUCAUCGUACCUCGACGGCUCUGAUAUCUACGGAACAACCGAUGAGAGGCUACAUCGGCUCAGGACGUACAUUCGAGGUAGAGUAGAUGUGUCCAUUUGCGAGGUUUGCAAAAGUACUGAGAACAAGGCGCUGGGAACGAUGUACACCGCCCUUCUGAGCGAGCAUAAUCGGGUAGCGGCGAGAUUGGCCGAAGCAAACGAGCUUUGGAACGACGCGAAGUUGUUCCACGAAGCUCGCAGGAUCGUCAUCGCUCAGAUGCAACACAUCACCUUGAACGAGUACCUGCCGAGCAUACUCGGGGAAGGAGCUAGAACCGAUCCGAGGCUAAUGCCUGUGGCUAGCGGAUUCUAUGGAGGUUACUCAUCGUCAAACGUCGGAGGAACGUACGAUGCCGUCGCGUUGGCUGCUCUCCGCGCUCUGACGUCUCUACGCAAGCACCGGAUGGACAAUGCCACGCGCUUGGAGGACCAUGUGAUCGCUUCCGCCAAUCGUAUUAGGUUAGAAUCCGGCCCAUCUUCUUUCGACUCCUGGCUAGACACCGACGUUCAUUUCGUUCACGUAGCCCGCGAUCACGGUGUACCGGGAUACGUCCGCUUUGUAGCUGAUUGUUCUGGGAACAAUGUCACGGUCCAGAAUUUCAAAGACCUGGAACAGUUCAUGCGCCCUACACACGGGAAAUUGCUGCAAUCCAUUUACUCCCAGGUAGAGGAUAUAGAUCUUCUUGUGGGUGGAAUUUUGGAGAUCCCUAAUAAAGGCGCGGCCAUUGGACCAACGUUCGAGUGCCUUUUGAAGAAGCAGUUCGUGAAAAUCCGAAACUCCGAUCGAUUUUGGUACGAGAACGAUCUUCCUCCAUCAGGAGUAAGUCCAGCACAGCUGGCCGAAAUCAGAAAAGUCUCGCUCGCUGGUAUCCUCUGCGCGAAUACGGACAUUCAGAAGAUUCAGCCAAAAGCGUUCAUCCAACAGGAUCCGUAUCUAAAUGCCAGGAUCAAUUGCGAUCAGCAUAGCGUACUCGACGUAACUCCCUGGGGGGAAGAGCCUCUGCCCGAACCGAUCAAGGAAAGUGUCAGCAGUAAACCCGUAACAUCGGAAUUGAUACCGAAUUUUAAUCCUAACCUGCUAGCAGCAGCUGUGAAAAAAGCCGAAGCCGACCUGAUCGAAAGAAAACAAUUAGAAUAUAAUUCCUGGUUAGAGCAGAGGAUAGCGGAUCCGAAAUCGCCAGCCGGUACGGCUGCCAGUUUCUCUAAGGCCAACAGAGACGCUCUGUUGUUAGCUAACUCAUCGAUCAUGUACGAGUUAGCCACCAAUGAAAUCUUGAACGGCAUACACGGUCUAAGACGCAGGAAACGACAAGUUUUCGAUACCACCGACAACGUUCUCGGUUUCCCCAACAACGACUUUUCUGAUUUGCUGCAGAACGUCGACAUAUCCGGAUUCUUGUCACAGAACAAGCCAACGAAUCACGAUGAAGUCGAAUGUCCCGUAGACGACAGUCCUUGUGAUCCCACCACCCCAUACAGAACACUCUCAGGCCACUGCAACAAUCUUCGUAACCCCAGCCUGGGAAAAUCGUUGACAACGUUCGCUAGAUUGCUUCCACCGAUAUACGAGGACGGAGUGUCGAAACCAAGAAUCACAGCGACCACCGGAGGACUUCUGCCCAAUCCGAGAGUAGUGUCUGCGGUGAUACAUCCUGACAUUUCUAAUCUCCACAAUCGAUACACAUUAAUGGUGAUGCAAUUCGCACAAUUCUUGGACCACGAUCUAACGAUGACGCCGAUUCAUAAGGGUUUCGCGGAGUCUAUACCGAGCUGUCGCCCCUGUGACUCACCCCGUACCGUACAUCCCGAGUGUAAUCCGUUCCCAGUGCCACCUGGCGAUCAUUAUUAUCCUACUGUCAACGUCUCAUCUGGCGCGCGAAUGUGCUUUCCGUCCAUGAGAUCGCUUCCGGGACAACAGCACUUGGGACCUCGAGAACAAAUCAAUCAAAACACCGGUUAUCUGGACGCAUCAGUUAUCUAUGGGGAGAACACUUGCAUCUGUAACGUCCUGCGCGGUUUUAACGGUCGUAUGAACGUCACUCAGAGUCCACACCGCGGCGCGAGGGACCUUCUGCCGCAAUCGGCGACCCAUCCAGAAUGCAAAGCCAAAUCAGGUUUCUGUUUCAUUGGCGGUGAUGGUCGGGCUUCCGAACAGCCAGGUUUAACUGUUAUGCAUACGUUCUGGAUACGCGAGCACAAUAGGAUCGUCGAGAGCCUAAGACAAGUGAAUCCUCAUUGGGACGGCGAGAAACUCUUUCAGCAGUCUCGUCGCAUCAUUAGUGCUAUGCUGCAGCACAUCACGUACAACGAAUUCCUACCGAGAAUUCUUGGCUGGAACGCAGUUACCCUCUACGGGUUGAAACUCCUACCUCAGGGAUACUACAAGGAGUACUCGCCCACCUGCAAUCCCAGCAUACUCACUGAAUUCGCUACGGCUGCUUAUCGAAUUGGACAUUCGUUGCUGAGACCACAUCUACCGAGAAUGGAUCGCAAUUAUCAGAAUAUCGAACCGUCUAUUUUAUUACGAGACGGAUUUUUCGAUCCCGACCCACUUUAUCGGCAAAAUAUGUUGGACGAAAUGAUCCGAGGUUUGGUAGCCACUCCCAUGGAGACUCUGGAUCAAUUCAUAACCGGGGAAGUGACCAAUCACCUGUUUGAAAUCAAAGGCAUUCCCUACUCGGGUAUCGACCUGAUAGCGCUAAACGUUCACCGCGCCAGAGAUCAUGGAAUUCCGUCAUACAAUAAUUACAGAGCGCUAUGUAAUUUGAAACGGGCCACCACUUUCGAGGAUCUAUCGAGGGAGAUGGCUCCGGAAGUCAUAGCUCGCAUGAAACGUAUAUACGCUUCCGUGGACGAUAUCGAUCUGUUUCCUGGUGGAAUGAGCGAGAGACCCCUUCAAGGUGGACUCGUCGGACCGACCUUUGCUUGCAUCAUAGCUAUACAGUUCCGACAGGCAAGAAAAUGCGAUCGUUUCUGGUACGAGACCGACGAUCCGAACAUUCGCUUCACCGAGCAUCAGUUAGCAGAGAUUCGUAAAGCCACGUUGUCGAAAGUCAUGUGCGACAACAUGGACGAGCAUAACGAUAUGCAGAGAGCUGCGUUCGAUCUACCAAGCAACUUCCUGAACCCUCGCGUUCCGUGUAGCUCGAUGCCACAAAUGGACUUAUCUGCGUGGAGGGAGACGAGGCACGGCUGCCAGAUCGGAGGCAGAAACGUUGCUCUGGGAGAAUCCGGUUUCCCUACACCCUGCACUAGCUGCGUCUGUACAGCCGAGGGCACUCAGUGCGCUUCCCUGAGGAUCACGGAUUGCAACCAGCUCUUACGCGAAGCUUCUCGAGAAGCUAUCCUGCGCGAUGAUGUGUGCACCGCCCAGUGUGGCUUCGUGUUAGCGGCCACAGAAGCUACCUCGAGACUUCAGCAGUUCACGACAUCGACCAGUUUUCCUGGUUUCGCGGGCCACAGAAACAGUCUGAGGAGCGUAUCGACGCCAGUCUCCUUUAAUGGCUUCAAGUUACCCGAUCUCUCACAGUUCAUAGGCUGA